GACAAUAACAAGAGGUCCGGAAACAAAGCGAUCCCAGGGUGACACAGCGGGAUAGAGUCAACGAGAACGAUUAUCUGUGGAGCUGGGGUCAUUAUUUUGUCAUUACUUUCGAAAUAUUAGCUUUUCUAAAACCCGCAGAACAAGAAUGGCGACGUACAAAUUAAGAUGUAAUUUGUUAGGCCACAGCAAGGACGUGCGAGCAGUGGCAGGCACCCCAGAGGGCCAUAUUCUCACUGCCUCCAGGGACAACACAGCCAGACUUUGGGCUCCUAUGGAAAAUGGGAUAAAUUAUGAACAGAAACAAGUGUACACAGGUCAUUCUGGCUAUGUAACAAGUGUAUGUGUUGUGCCUGGGAAUGCCAACCACCCUGAGGGCCUGGUAGUGACAGGAUCAAGAGACUCGACUAUUUUGGCCUAUUCAGUAUCUGGUGGUCAGCCAGUGUACACUCUGGCAGGGCAUUCAGAUACUGUUUCAAGCCUGGAGUGGAAGAAUGGCUUGUUGAUCUCAGGGUCUUGGGACCACAGUGCUCGAACUCCAGAUGAUCCAUUUGAUAUAAGGGCUGGUGGAGAUGCAGACCAAAACCCAGUAUCUGUCCUGACAGCUUCAGCUGAUAAACUCAUCAAGUUGUGGGUGGAGGGCAAGGAGUGCAAAACAUUCUCUGGCCAUAAGGACUGUGUUCGUGGACUUGCUGUGCUGAACAAUGAAAGAUUUUUCUCUUGCUCAAAUGAUGCUUCUGUGAUAUUAUGGGCAAUCUCUGGAGAAUCACUUGCAACAUAUUAUGGCCACACAAAUUUCAUAUAUUCCAUAUGUGUUCUUGGAAAUGGAGGUUUUGUAACAGGAGGUGAAGACAGAACAUUACGAGUUUGGGGUUCAGAAGGAAAUUGCAUCCAGACAAUCCAUGUUCCAGCACAGUCCGUGUGGGCAGUAGCUUCCCUCCCGAAUUCAGAUAUUAUUUGUGGGUCGAGUGAUGGAACCUGUAGAGUUUUUACCUCUGCAGCAGAGCGUCAGGCAGAUCCAUCCGAUCAGAAGGAAUUUGAAGAGAGUGUUGCUAAGUCAACUAUGGCUGUAGGAGACCUUGGGGGAGUUAAAAAAUCAGAACUACCAGGUAGAGAGGCUCUGUUUGCUCCUGGAAAACGUGAUGGUCAUACAAUAAUGGUCCGUGAAGGUGAGAAAGUGAAUUGCUACUCGUGGUCAGUGGCCAGUCAGCAGUGGACACCAGUUGGUGAAGUUGUUGGAGGAGCAGGAGGAUCUCAGGGCACUUCAGGGAAAGUCUUAUACGAGGGCAAAGAGUAUGACUUUGUGUUUGACGUCGAGUUGGAUGAGGGAAACCGCCUGAAGCUACCAUACAAUUUGAGUGAGGAUCCAUAUUUUGCAGCUCAGCGCUUCAUACACAAACAUGAAUUACCUCAAGAGUUUCUUGACCAAGUAGCUACGUUUAUAAUCAAUAACACAAAGGGAAUGACUCUAGGAGUAGAAGGUAGCAGUGAAAUGACAGACCCAUUUACUGGUGGUUCUCGCUAUGUGCCAGGAAACGCAUCAGGAUCAGGAGGCGGCUCGGAUCCUUUCACAGGAGGUAAUAGGUAUGUUCCAGAAGCAGCAAGGCCUAGCACAGGAUCCAGUGCCAUGGUAGACCCCUUCACUGGAGCUUCAAGCUAUUCUACACAAGGACCUGUUAUCCCUACUUCUCAUUUCUUCCCACAAAGAAUACCUUUAAGAUUUGAAGCUUGUAAUGCUUCCGGAAUGGCUGCAAAAUUAAUUGAAUCAAAUGAUAAAUUGUCUCCUGAGGCUCAGUUAUCAAAAGAAGUUCUGGAAGGAUUAGUUGGGGCUGUGUCAGGAACAGCUGAUACCAACCCACAGCUCCUGGCUCCAUUAGAAAAAGCAUUACAGUGGCCAGCAGAACAUGUGUGGCCUGCACUUGAUGUACUGAGACUGGCUUUGCGUUCAGAACCAAUGCAGAAGGUCUGGUUAGCAGAUGAUAGAGGAGAUGCAUUAGUCAGUUUGCUUGUGACUCUUAUUCAUCCUCCAUCACCAACAACGGCACAGCUUUUGGCUCUUCGUUGUUUAGCCAAUAUGGCAGCUCAUGAACCAGGUCGUUGUGUCUUGGCAAGGGCUAUGGCACAGGUUGUGUCUGGUACUGUUGGAAUAUCUCCCUAUCCUAACAAGAAUAUAGAAAUUGCUGCUGCCACUGUUUUGCUGAAUUAUAGUGUCACUUUAAGCACUUUAGGUAAUAUUGAAGAUCAGUGUCAAAUUCUCAGUGGUGCCAGUGUGGUUGCCAUAUCUGCGAAGGAUCCUGAGGCACAGUUUAGGACCCUGGUAGCUCUGGGAACAUUAUUGUUUCAAAGUGACAAGUGUCGCUCAUUUGCAGGCUCACUGGACCUAAAGCCAGUAGUUCAGAGUCUAUCAAACAUUACAAACCCAUCCAAAGUGGGAGAGUGUGCAGGCCAUGUGCUGCGAUUACUUUAAUAUAAGGCUGUGUAGUCUACUUUGAUAAAGGCCUUGAAAUUUAAGUGUGAAGAAUACAAGUUUUGAAUGUUUUAUGCAAUAUUGAUUGAUAUGAAUUAUGAUGCAUUUUCAGUUCAUAUCAUGAUUUUUAAUUUGUAAUUUGCUGAUUUCUCUUAGAGUGCUUGCACCUUAGCCUCAAGGUUUUUUUUUUCUUUUUUUUUUCUUUUUUUUUGAAGUAGUAUGCACAUUACCCAUUGCAUGAGACAUUUGAAAUACUUUUUUGUGAGUAGAAAAUGGAAAAUAAGUAGUAAAACAUAAGAGGUAUUCUAAGUUAAUAUAUUCAUAAAUGAUACACUUUCUAAAUAAAGGUUAAUUGAAAAUGCUUUUGCAUAACCUGCAUUAAAAAUAAUUUACUUGAGGUUUACAACUUUGAGCUAAGGAAUUUUAAGAAGUCUUUUUCAGAGACAUGUGAAUAAUUUUUAGACACAGAAACAAAGGGAUUAGUAUUGAGGCAUCCUUGCUUUGAACAGAAUGUUAGAUGGCAAAUGAUUAUAGAAGAGUGAAUUUCUCUAAUAUUAUUAACUAGACAAAAUCACUUUAAAUACAGAAUGAAACAUAAAUUCUGUGAAAUACACUAACUGUCAGAAUGCCUGAUGUUUGGGGAAUAGACAUAAUGUUUGAUAGGGUUUCUGCACUCGUGGUGCUAAUGGUACAGUUCAAGAAUACAAAAUAAAAAAGCCUACCAAGAUGUUCAAUGAAGUCCUCACUAAUGUGAAUCAAAUCUAAACGAGUUCUUUUCUUGGAAUCUGCUGAGAGGGCAGGUUAAAACAAGGUUGUCACUGUUAUUAAAAGUUCAAUUAGUGGUGGUUAGAGUAAAUAGUUAUUUUCCUCGUUUUGUGGUUUAUGGGGUCUGGUUUUUCAAAUUCUUACUCCAUUUUUUCACAGUAAAUCAAUGGAUAACUAUAAAGAUGGAGUUGAAAAGCACAUUUAAUUGUGCAAUUUUCUUAAAAUUUACUUGUCAAAGGUCACUAAACUGUAUUGUGAAAAUACAAUUUUUCUUUUUUAUUAUCCUUUCAGAUGAAAUAUAGAUGAAAGGGGAAAAAAAUUAUUGUGACAAAUGUAGAAAAAAUAUGACACAUUUCUUAGUCCAAGAGAUGCGUUUGAAAGAUUUCUGUACACAAGCAGAUAUAGCUUCAAAAUAUUGUCAGUGGUCAAAUAGUGGGACUAAGUCAUCCCUUCUUACAUAAGAUGUAUGUCAACCCUUUUUAAAUAUCUUAAAGUGUAUAUAUCAAUAAGUUUUAACAAAGAUCAUAAAAUAUUAUACAGAAAAAAA